CGAGGUGUGUCGAGUUCUUCGACGUUGAGUCCGUCUCUUCCGUACUUGGUAGCCACAGGAUCUACAGGAGCAGGCCGCCACUGUUUCCGCGCAACCAGCAGUCGAGCCCAACGUCAUCAUUGAUGAAUGAAUACGGAGCACGGAGUAUCUUUGCUUCUUCCCGAGGAUCGCCAGUCCCCAAACGCGCUUGCCGAUUCGGUAGUGCCCGGCCUGGAUCUUGAUUUUCCCCCGUCGAUAUCCACAAUUUCCAGUUCGGUCAGGGUGCCAGGAGAGCAAGCGGGUCCCGUCCGUGACCUGAGCUCUGGACUGUUCUGCUUCCACUUCCAAGCCAUGACUGCAUAAAGUUGGUGGUCGGAAAGGAGCACCUACUGGUUUGUCCAUGCCGACGAAACACCGCCCAUCGCUGGCUCCUUAUCGCACGCCGCUCACACCACCAUGGCGAUGAGGUCCAACACCAUUGACCAGGCCGACCAGCCCGGAGUCGGAAGCCUCGCGGAGACGCCGGACCCCGUUCCGGAAUCUGCAUCACCACUCUCCCCCAUCUCGCCAGUAACCGCGACCACCGUGGCAUCGCCUGCCUCUGCUUCCUCACCCCUGCCAUCGCUGGCCCUUGCCGAGCAAGCAUUCACCCCGCUGUCCAUUGACACCAGCGAUUUCUUCUCAUCGAAGAAGUCGCCUGCUGCAUUCGAGACUGACAGGUUGCUGAGCACGUCGAGGAGCAUCGAGAACAUGAGGCGCAACGGAAACCUCAGUCGCAGCAGCAGCAACAGCACAGCCCCGGCUCCAUCCGCGAGCUCAACCCUCGUCAGGGCCAAGGUCGAGUCGUUUGAGGCUCUGCAUGCAGCAACGUCAACGGCAACGCUGGGAUACGAGCUGCUCCGGACAAAAAGCGCCAGCCAGCGUUCUGCGGGCCUUGUGUCGCCUCCACGGACGCUUUCGCCCUCGCCGUCCUUUUCGCGCCCCCCUUCGCCCGCCGGCAAAGCGACCGCCCGCGACGCAUCUUUGGCAUCAGACGACCUUGGCGCUAUAGGCGAUAAGGAUUGCGUUACGACCCAAGUCGAAAACAACACUGUGCCGCAGACCGCUGCUGCAACGCCAAAUCCUGGUCCGUCAGCGCCAGUUUUAUAUCUCUCCCAUGCCCACAAUGUUCCUGAUUUGUCCCCAUCGACGGCUCAUCAUUCUCCUCCUUCGACUGUGGUAGCGAACACCACCUUGGUCCGACCUACGCCUUCUGCGACCCAACCGGAACGACGGAGCCGUGCUAUCUCCAAUCCGACCCGACAGCCGAUUCUCCACGCCUCGUCUAGCGCAAGCCCGUCCCUCAGUCACCCGACCCCCGACCCCAACAAGCUCUCGAAAGCCGGAAACUUCCUCGGCAACAUCGCAGCCCUUGAAGCCACUGCCGAGCGGCUGUCCAUGACGAGCAGCAUCGAGGAAGCCAUUCGUGAAGAGCACAACGAACUCAAGCGCUCGGAAAGCCGGCGGUCUUCGAUCUUGCGUGUUAGAGCUGCGUCGACGGCGUCGGAGACCGGGUCAGUGCACGGCCAGUCGCAGCUGUCGGUCGCGAGCAGACAAAACUCCAUCCUGGGCAUCAACAACGCGGCACGAACAGGGGGUUACUCGCCUGGUGGCUUUGUCAUGAGCCCGCACCACUCCAUGUCCGCCGCAUCGGGUCGUCUCCGGUCCGGCAGCAAGGCAAGUUCCACUGGCAUGCCGUUGCAAAUUUCCGAUGAUCCUAAAAUGCCCGGGUCCCUUGCGGACAUCGAGCACGCUCAGGAAUUCCGAUUCCUUCCGCGCCAUGGCCCAGGCAAAGCGUCAACCAGAAGUGUUGCCAGCAAGCUGUCGCUCGUCCAGAUUGCUGAGCUCGAGGACCCGACUGCAUUGACUCAGGCGGUCCUCGAUGAGGCGGACCGCGCUGGUAGUGGGGGGAUUCAGGAUGAUGAAGACGCCAUCCGGACGAGUGCCCUCCAGUUCAUCGAGGCAGAGUUUGCUGAUGCAACGCCCCUCGCCCAGCCUGCGCUGGACCACCGAUUCCAUGACAAGGCGGCAACCCGGCUGCAGCUGCACCAGCCGGAUGAGUAUGUGCCCUAUGGGACUCACCAUGCCAACCCGGAGAGGCCGACGACAUCGGGUUCUGGGAUGACUUUUGAACAAGCUCAGGCAGCGUUUGGCGAUUUUGACGGCGUGCACUGCGACCCAGAUGCUGGCCACUUCGUGUCUCAGCCGGAACCGGAACGUCAUGCAACGCCGCCACAGCCUCACCCUGCCCCAGCCCCGCGGCCGACAACAUACAUUGACCCAGCUACGGGGCAGCAGAUGUUUUAUUAUCCUGCGCCUGUGCCUGCCAUGUUGAAUCUCCCACCUAAGUUGUCUAAGAAACCUAAGGCUGCAGGCCCCAGCGCGCGUCGUGCUCAAAUCAUCAGCACUCUGCCGCCAAAGGCACCCCAGGAGUCCAAGAUGUGGCUUCCCGACCCCACCGAGGCUUUGCGUAGCAAUACUGAUGACGCUCCCUUUAUGGGUGACUUGCUCGGUAGGGAGGGCCGUGCGAGCAUGGACCCAACCCCUCACGCGGUUGGAAUGGAAGGGAGACCAGAUUACCUGGUGCAUACCAGACACCCGUCCGAAGCGAGCACGAUUCACCCGGCCCCCGAGCAACGCGAAAUCCGCCGACCGCAACGUCUGACCGAGGUUGAUAACCGCAAGUCUCGUCCAUUACCUGCUGACGGCUUUCCGCCGCAACUUCGUGCAAGCGCUUUCUUCGAUCUGCCUUCCGAAGCCCCCAAGAUUGAGGUUAAGGACGGGUCCGCGAUGGACACUCUUGAUAGUCUCCUCGACGCGUCCGCUGCGGCACCCGUCAGUGCCUUCACUGACCAUGUGUUUGCCGGGAAAUUGGGCGCAGAGGUGUAUGGGCCGGAGAAGAAGAAGAAGCCGAAGAGUAAGGCCGCGGCUGCCGCUGUCUCUGCACCAGAAGAGAAGGCGACAAAGCGCAGGACCCUCGUCAAGAGAAGCUCGAGCGGAAACCUACUUGAACCAAACGUCCCGGACAAACCAAGGCGCAAGACGCUUGUCAAGCGAAAUUCGAAUGCCAACCUCCUUGACCCCAAUUCGGAGAAGAAGCGGGCAAGCCGGUUUUCGUUGUUCGGUGCAAAGCGUGCGGACGACGAUUCCGAUGACGAGGGGGACAGCGAUAGAGAUGGGAGUGCCCGGCGCAGCGUGGAUGAGGACGCUCGGUCCGGAAGCGGGUCUCCGAAUCAGCUGACACCGGAUGACGAUGAAGAGACAGAGGAAGAAGCCGAGGAAGAAGAGCCCGUUUACCAGGGGCCGCCUACUACGCUGCUCGCCGAGCUGCAGCUGCGCAAGCAGCAAAACAAGAUGCGGACUCGUCCCCUCCAACAGGCAUAUCCCGACGGCAUGCGCAGCACCCUACUCGAGCUCGACGCCGUAGCCGAGGUAGAACGCAAGGCUAGACACGGCAAGCGGGUCACGCUUGCUUGGGAAGACCCGGCGGCGGUGCCGCGCCAGGAGGAGGAGGAAGACGAAGAGGUUCCGCUCGGCAUGCUCUACGCAGCCAAGGCCACCGGGGCCGGUAACCGGUCGACCAUGGACAUCAGCGCGCUGAUGAGCGAGGUGCACCGCCCGCUCGGUCUGAUGGAGCGCCGCGAGAUAGAGGAAAACGAGCCGCUCAGCCGCCGCCGCGACAGGCUGCAGGGCAAGGUGGUCGACCAGCUUCCAACCUCGCUGACUGUCUUGCAACAACGCAUGAGCCACAUGCCGCCUGCACCAGGAGUUGCGCCGGGCCUGGGACUGCGGUCCCAGUCUCGCCUCACGCUACCGCUUCACGCAGCCGUCGGCAGCUCCCGCGCUGGCUCCAUGCUUGGUUCCCGCCCCGGCUCCGCAGCAGGUAACAACAAUAAUAACCCCAACAACGCCGAAGACAGCGAUUCCGAAGUCGAAGGCGAGACCCUCGCGGCCCGCAAAGCCCGUCUGGCAGCGGAGAACCCGCUCCCUCCCCCGCGGCCGGUUAGCGGCGCCUUCUCGGCCGAACUGCUCCGGGAGUUCAAGCCGGACGACGACGAGGAGGCCAAGAACAAGACCGCCGCCAACAACCCCAUGCACGCUCGUAGCACCUCGCGCGAUACCAACGCAAGCGGCAAGGUCAGCGGCGCGGUUCCGGACGUGCCCGAGGAGGAAGAAACGCUUGGCCAGCGACGGCGCAGGCUGCAGCGCGAGCGUGAGGCGCGCGAGCGCGAGAUGGCGUUUAGCUCGCUGACCAGCCCUGGUCUAGGGAAUACCCUCGGCCCUGCUCCUGCGGUUGGUGGGAUGAAUGUCAGCGCGACGAUCCGGCCCGUCACUAGUGCAUCACGCGGGCCGGUGGGAAUGGCGGACGUCCUCAGCCAGCAGCGCUCAUCAACGAUGAUGGGCAUGACCAUGACCAUGGACCCGCGCGAGCAGGAGCGCUUGAGGCGGGAGGCCGAGGCCACGCGGUACCAGCGGGAUAUGGACAUGAAGAUGGCGGCCAUGAGGCAGCAGAUGCCGACUAGUCUUACCGCGCCUGCUGUGGGGCCCCGGACGGGCGGGUACAUGGGCGGGCGGUUUAAUGAUGGUGUUGGCGGCCCGGGAGGAGUUUCGUCUGGGUUGGGGUAUGGCAACCCUGCGAUGUUGGGGGCUGGGUUGAAUGCGGGUGUGAUGCCGCAACAGCAAAGGGCGAGUACUUUGCUGGGUGGUGGGUUGCAAGGUGGUAUGCCGAUUCCGAUGGGGAUGGAGAUGGGGACUUAUGGCGGGUCGACGCCGAACUUGGGGAUGUAUGGGAAUGGAGUUGGAGCGGCGGGAAUGGGUGUGAAUGCUGCUGGGUAUGGGAUGCCGGGGGGUGGUGGUGGUGGGCCGGGGCAUAUGGAUAUGGUGGAGCGGUGGAGGCAGGGGGUUAUGCCUUGACUUUGGGUCUGAUUGAUGAGGAGAGUGAGGCGCGUCCGAGCGAAUGGGUGGUGAGGGAAGUGUACCGGUUAUUGCGGAGCGGACGGGAUAGACUCAACAAGCUUAACUCACGGAGACAAGGCCCGGGUUUGGAUGGACAAGUAGGGUGGCUUGAAUAGCAUUUCUCUUACUUUACUUGGUAUUAGUAGUUGAGGCAUAGCAUAGCGUUUUGAGGGAGGGCUCUCUUUGUAUAAUAGACGUGUAGGACGUGAAC